CUAAGGUAUGCUCAAUAGAGCUUAUCUUGAUUCUGAGAUGAUGCGUAGGGAAUUUGUCUCUGAUAUGUUUUGGCGUCCCAGGCAUCACUUAUGUCAACUCAUGCCAACUCAUGAUCUUGCUCAACUUGCUCUCAUGUCUCUAUCUCUGGUAAAUGCCUCGGCAGUUCCUUUCUGCCUAUACAUUCAGUAUAUUCAAAGCCGUGAAUUCCCUGUUCCCAGACUACCCGAGUGGACAUUCUAUGAUUUGAUCUACACAUCGCCCCCAGAGCAGAUGAGCCUAGAACUCUGGGCAUUUCUCCUUGUGGCAAUAUGUCUACCCCUGCCUUCAUAAGAUCUUCUCAAUAAAUGCUAGUUCUAAAAGUUUAUCUUCUGAGGUUCAUGCGGAUAUGCAUACAUUAGAGUUCAGUACUGUUUGAUGUAGCUCGAAGGAGUGCCAAAGAAGCAAUAGCAAUUAACGGGGAAAUGGAAAGGAAUGGCAGCAGCUUUAUCCACUCGAUUAGGUUUUUUUCGGUUGAAGCAAUCUGUGUAACACAUAUUAAGUUAGUGGUAUAGCAAUGGUUAGGGCUGAUUUCUUCUGAAACAAUUGCGUCUUUCUAUAAACCCAAUAUUGAGAUGCACCAAACUCUGGGAUUACCAUUGCAGUAUG